AUGGCUCGAGGUGGUGUUAGUGGAUCUACUCUUUCUGAGUGUACCAAGUAUGGGAGAAAUCAUGAAGGUAAAUAUUUGGUUGGAAUAGGUGCAUGCUUUUCAUGCGGUAAGAUGGGGCACAAAAUCUCUGAAUGUCCUAAAAAGGGAAGGGAAGAGCAUCCUCAAGGUCAAACUACUCAAGAUGGACAAAAUUCACAAGGUGGAAGCCCACGCCAAAAUAGGUUCUAUGCCUUUCAAGCUAGGCAAGAAGUUGAGGAGUCUUUAGAUAUGGUCACAGGUACAUUGAAAGUCUUUGACUUUGAUGUUUAUGAACUAUUAGAUUUGGGUGCUAUGCUAUCAUUUGUUACUCCUUAUCUUGCUAUGAGAUUCUUUGUUAGUCCUGUGAUUUUGCUAGAGCCUUUUUUGGUUUAUACUCUGAUUGGUGAUUAA